GCCGAGGGGACAGGAAGCCAAAUACAUGGUGUGUGCACUUCUUAACAUAAGCUGCUGCUAUCACAUGAGGAGACAUGAACUUCUGGCUUGUUCUUGCCUUUUUUACUUAUAUUUCAGGUAUAAUUACAGAUGGAAAUAUUCCAGAUUUGUCCCGUGUCCACUUUGUAGAAGAAGGAAAGAACAUCAACAUUUCAUGUUACAUUAGUAAAAGAUCCAGUAAUGUACAGUGGUACAAAGAGAGAGAAGAUGGGGGAUUACAGGUCGUGUCACAAAGGGGAUGUUACCUACCAAAAGAAAACAGUAGAUAUUAUGUCCACUGUGAAAAAAUGUCUGCACUCGGCAUGGAGAUUAGAAAUGUCCUUCCAUCUGACUCUGGGGUGUAUUACUGUUCUCUAUCAGGACUGGACCCAACCUUCCAUGUAGCCGGCACAUUAAUUGUUACAGAGCAUUAUCCAAAGGAACCUACCUUGUCAAUACUUGAAUCAGUAGAAGAUCAUCCAAGAAACACGGGUAUCACCGUCUUACUGUGUGCUGCUUUUAACUGGACACAGAAGUGGGGUUGGAUUAAAUGGACCUUAAAUGGGAAAGAGCAAGAAGGUUGGACAACUCUAGAUCCAGAUGGGAGUUUGAAAAGCUUAUUAGUCGUCUAUGAAUCUAUUGAAGAUACAGCAGUUACUUGUUUCAUACAUGAGGCCACCACUGGUGAAAACAUCUCCUCAACGUUCCCUAGAGAAAUCAAUAAAAGUGAGAGGUCCAUCAGCGACUGCUACAUUGUUCUGUAUGUGGGUUUACCCAUCAUCAUCGCUAUCCUCCUUGCACAUCUGAUUAUCCUGGCCAUCAGACGAAAAGCUUCGUCUAAAGAUACCCAUUGUUCAAACACUCACAAGGGUAUGCCUUCUGAAGAAGAACGCAGAGAACCUUUAGAACGUCGUGUGAGAUUUCGGCCAGAAGAUGAGUCGGUUACUUACGCUGCAGUAAAGUCAUGAUCCAUCAUUCCAAGACUCUACUGUGUUGUGACCGACUUGUACACGCUUUGCCCUGCAUUUAAAAGAUUCUUUAGCGUAAUUUUGUGUGUGUAAAGCUCCAAGUAGCCUAAAAACAAACACAUUUUCAGACCUUCACUGAAAUUUUUUUUUUUACUAUUGAUGACCUAUCUGGAGGAUAGGUCAUUAAUAUCGGAUCGGCAGGAGUCCGACACCCAGCACCCCCGCCAAUCAGCUAUGUGCCAUCUCCCGUCUCUCUUCCUGUUCACCGCUUCUGUCUAUGGCAAAGAGCAUACACAGCAGCAGUGGACAGGAAGAGCGACGGGAGACGGCACAUGCACUGCACGCACCUUCCCUUCAUACGACUGAUCGGCGGGGGGGUGCCGGGUGUCGGACCCCCGCCGAUCUGAUAUUGAUGACCUAUCUUCAAGAUAGGUUAUCAACAGGAAAAGCCCGGAAAACCCUUUUAAGUCAAAAAACAAAUUAAGGGCUCAUACACACAAACGUAUUUUCUUUCAGUGUCCGUUUAGGGGGGUUUUUGCGGACCGUAUACGGAACCAUUAAUUUCA